AUGGCGGCUCUCUGUGCAGACUACAGCGUCCCGGUAGAUUGCGUGGCGGCCGGGCCCGCGCCACGCCCGAGCUCGUUCCACGAGAUCUCUGCACCUAAAGUCGAAUUUAUCGAAGCAUAUUGCACACCACGAGACACAGCCCGCCGCUCACCGCAGCGCAGUCGUAGAUCGCGGGAGCCGCGACGCUCUCCGGACACGUCUAGAUGGCGAUACGAUUCUCGCCGUCAAAACUACGACGUUGAUUCACGUCGACCGUACGAAUACGAAUCAAGGAGAUAUUUUGGUAGAGAGUACGACGCAGACUCAGGGAGACGACCCGCAUUCGACGCGGAGUCGGCACGACGACGUGCGGAUUACGAGUCGGCUAGACGGACUGAUUUUGAUUUGUCUGCUCCUGAAGUGUCCAGGCAAAGUCCUGAGAGUGCUCCAGAGGGUUCAGCCGACUCACCGCCAGAACCAGCGCCGUCAGCCCCCUUACGACAAGACCGACAGUCUCGACACAGAACUCAACCAUAUUACGAAUCCGAAUCAAGUUCAGAAGAUAGAUCAUCAUCAAGUGAAGGCGAAGAAGACGAAUUUGGAGAAUUCGAUCCAUUUGCAACAGCACCGUCAUUGCAUUCACCAGACAGUGGUCGUUCCGAUCCGCGUUACGCAAACGCUCCUCGAAGAAAUCCAAGUCCAUAUUACUACGGCGACUUGUUCAAAACAGCCCCACCACCACCUGCAGCGCCUACUAUUUCUACUUCCUCUUCUCGUGGAGGAUACAGGAAGUCGGCGAGCCUCGACGCACCUCACGUUGCACAAAGACCGAAUCUGCCUAAGAGAUUUUCAGUUGCAGAAGAUGGUUUUCGUGAGCUAGAGCGAUCAUCAUCAUCGUCCGGCGAGAGUGCGUGGAUGCCGCCAAGGCGUCGUGGGCGCGACGCGGCCGGCUGCGCGUGCGCCGCGCCCGAAGAUGUAGAGGAGCAUAGCUCUCGUAGCGUAUUUUAUGUGCCAGCGCCUUUGCCACGCUGGCCACAAGAAAUGACCACACGACAGAUAUACGAAACGGCCUUUGACUGUAAAAUAGCACGCUCAGAUGAUGACUUAGAUGAUUUCGAUCGCGUCAGCAAUCACCCGGCUCUGCUACAAGCUGAGGAACGUAAAGUUAUUUCCUCUGCAUCAUCUGCAUUUGAAGCCGUUGAACGAAGUGAACCAGACUAUAAAGGCCGCCGAAAGGUGACUAUGAAAACUGACAGCGUUCGUCGCUCAAAGAUUCCAACAAUUCGUCAAAAGAGGGAAAACGAGAGCAAUGCUUCAGCAUUAUCAGAAGAAUUGGAAAAAGUACACAUCGAAGAGGAAGAUCGAACAUCAACAUCCCAACUGCCAUUGCGUGGUUAUACACCUUCACCGCCAUCGACAGCGCCUUUACCUACAAAAUUUCAACAGAAAGAUGGAUCAUCGAUGAAUAGUAUAAAAAGUGCUCCUAACUUGCCACAAACUCAACCAGCACAUCCUCGUCUUAAGGAUUUAAGAUUGCCUGUGAAAUCUCUUCGGGCACGGGAUACCCCAACUAGUAGUGAUGCAAGCAUGACAGACGUUAAAGCUUCAGUGUCAACUGAAUUAGACGUCGGUCAACGCUUAAGAGACUCCAGUCGCGAGUCUCGUGAUGGUGAUGAUGAAAGAGCUCAAUCAAAAGACGGUAUUUUUUUAGAGAUUAAGGGUCGACCCACUUCCGAUUCAGACACACCUGAACUGAAUCGGUUCAAGGGGCCAAAGGGGGUCGGCCCUAUAAUGGAGUUUAAAGGCAGGCCUGGCGUCGCUCGCCCGCGACGAAAAUAUUCGAGCACAGAAAGCAUGGCGACUAGUAGUAGUGGUGGAAGUAUGGAGUCACUACGAAGCAGCAAUAGUGAAGGCGAUAGGAGUAGUAGUAGUUCUGAAAGCCGUCAUUCUUCAUCUUUAAGCUCACAUAGCUCGGAUUCCGGAAAUGUCCCAUUUAUUAAAUCACAUCAUAUGCAGUUAUCGGGGUUUGGACAUCAUCCGACUAAAUUGCAUAUCUUAAGUCCCAUAUCAGAUAAAUCUUCUCAGGAACCAGCAUCAGAAACAUCAGAUAAUAACAAGAAUAACAACUCCCAAAAAGUGUCUCCUGAGGAUACUGAAACAGGAAACACGACAUUGCAAACAACCGUUGAAAUUUUACCUAAACCCAAGAGGAGAGCUCUACAAAACAGAAACCUACUAAACCUUACAUUUAGACAUUCAACUCCUGGAGAUACUGAAAUACAAGGAUCCGAUAGUGGUAUAUCUAUUCAUUCCAGAGAAGGUGUAGAUUCACGUAAUGCUUUCAUUAACUUCAAAAACAGUAAUACUGAAGAAGAAAGAAAGGACGAUGCUGUAGAUCUUUCAGAUCUACCAUUUGAUAUGCCGAAACUGCGAAGACGUCGCGCUGAAGCGGAAGUGGAUUUACGUACACUCCCAUUUGACAUGCCUAAACUGCGACGAAAGUUACGCGGACAGUCAUUGCAAUUAAAUAGUGAUUUCGGAGAGGCUAUAUCCAAUGCUUCGUCAAGCCAAAGCGUUCAAGAUUUAAAUCAAGGUAAUAAACACCGCGAGAAAUUAACAUUAAAUUUCGAUAGCGGUAUUGGAUCUGGUAGCGCUAAAGGGUUACAUUUGAAUUUAGGACCCAUAGCUCCGCCACGGGAUCUGGUUGAUGCUUCUCUUCCACUAGACCGACAAGGGUGGUAUCAUGGAACGUUAUCGCGUUUGGAAGCCGAGAGUCUCUUAAGAGAUGCGGAUGAAGGUGCUUUCUUAGUAAGGAACAGCGAAUCCGCCAAACACGACUACUCGCUUAGUUUGAAGUCUACCCGUGGGUUUAUGCAUAUGCGCAUAUGUCGUGGUGGGGACGGCUAUACACUUGGUGGGGCGGCUACUGCCUUUCCUACCGUGCCGGCUCUCAUGCGACACUACGUAACAGCGCAGAGAUUACCUGUUAGGGGCGCUGAACAUAUGGCCCUAUCUACCCCAUUACCUGCUGUCAUGCUU